UGUGCCAUAUAAUUAAACUAAACUAAAGAUAACAAUGAAUUAUACAUUGAUUAUAGCAAUUAUUUUGUCAUUCAUUAGUGUAAUAAUAAAAUCACACAAAUGUGUUCAAAUUAAUUAUGUUUAUCAUAACUACACAUCGAUGACAGCUAUGUUGAAGAGUAUUAACCAAACUUAUCCCGAACUCGUUUAUCUCUAUUCAAUUGGACAGUCAGUUCAGGGCCGGGAGCUAUGGGUUAUGUUGAUUACGAAUGAUCCGGGUAAUGAAGUGUUACUUAAGCCAAAUGUCAAGUACGUGGCUAACAUGCACGGCAAUGAAGUGGUCGGACGGGAACUAAUGCUACAUCUCAUCGCUUAUCUACUCAAUAGUAGUGAUAAAAGUAAAUCAAUCAAAAACAUGUUGAACACCACCCGAAUCCAUAUAAUGCCGUCAAUGAAUCCCGACGGCUUCGAGACCGGCAUUGAGGGCAAAUGUGAGGGACCCGGAAGGUUUAAUGCGGAAAAUCGUGAUCUCAACCGAAACUUUCCGGACUUUUUUCAGGAGAACACUCGGGUCGAACAGUCCGAGACAGAGGCCGUCCGCAAAUGGCUUCAUAGGAUACCAUUUGUAUUGUCAGCCAAUUUUCACGGCGGAACUGUUGUCGUCAACUAUCCGUACGAUAACAAUCCGUUUGGACGAAACAAGAAGUCGGUCACUCCGGACAACGAUGUAUUCAAACAUUUGUCGCUAACUUAUGUCAAGAAACAUCCGAAGAUGAAAAACUCUAACCAAUGUAGUGGUAAUAAUAGGGCUUUUGAUAACGGCAUAGUCAACGGUGCCGAAUGGUAUCCCGUCAAAGGUGGUAUGCAAGACUAUAACUACAUAUACGCUGGUUGUAUGGAGAUUACAGUGGAGUUGUCGUGUUGUAAAUACCCGCGUGCAUCAGCCCUACCCAACUACUGGAACGAUAACCGCCAGUCACUGAUUGCAUACCUACAACAAGUCCACAAAGGCGUUAAGGGUCUUAUACGCGACCAAAUGGCAAACAAUCCCAUACCGAAUGCCGAAAUUAAAAUAGUUGGCCGCGAAAUAACUUUCCGAUCGACAGCUCGUGGAGAGUAUUAUAGGAUACUAAUGCCUGGAGACUAUGUAAUCGAAGCCAAAGCCAAAGGAUUUGUUCCCAUUAGAAGACAGUUCACUGUUGUUGACAAUAGGGUGACUAAACUCAAUCUAUAUAUGUAUCGGCAAAAUGAACACAAACAUCGAGGACUGACACCAGUUUCCGAAGGAUAUACUGCUGUCGACAACAGUUACGGUCUCAAUGCUAAUCAAUAUCUCUUAAUCGUGUCAUUCAUCUCUUAUGUAGUAUUUAUCAUAAUGUAAUGUAAUUACCGUAAUAACAAAAAAUCAGUUAAAUUUUUAAUCAUUUUUUCUCCUCUCAUUCAUAAUAUUUAUUUUAUUUUUAGAAAAAAUAAUUACAAUUAAUAUAAAUUCUUAAUUUGUAUUAGUAUUUUUAGAUAAUAGUUAUGAGCAAAUAUCAUAAGUACAAAAUCAUUGUUUUUAGAAAAUUAUAAGAUC